GUAUCUGACUCUAGCAUUUCGACUGGUUAUAAUGAUGUGGUUUCUGUGGGAGCUUCGCCAAACAUUCCGCUCUGCUGUCCACCCUGACCGCCUGAACUUCUUCCAACAUUUUGGUGCUUUCUGUCUGGUCUGGUUCGUCUACCUGCCUGUCCUUGCUCUCAUUGCUACGCAGGUGUCAGCUCUGUGGCGCUUCAAAACUGUUCUCAGUAUAUCGUAUGCGGCAGAUGUCUUGGCAUAUGCUGUACUGAUUCACCUGUUCUGGCCCAGCAAGUCCGUGCUGUACAUGAUUAAAGGGGAAGUCCCUUUGCAAACUUAUGAUCUGGAAAUAACAGGGUUGUUGGAUGACAUACAGGAGACAACGCUGUUUGCAAGGUCAACAGACAAGAGUGAUGGAGAAGAGGAAGAGGAUGAACUCCUUGGACAUGUUGAAGACAAGAAGAGCAACGGCAACAUCGCAAAUGGAAAAGUGAACCACGCGACCCUACUGGGUGAACCUGAAGAAACGUCACUAUAGUUCUUCAGCCGAUCACUGAUACAGUCAUGCCAUAACUCAUGUAUGAGUCUCUUUUUACGAACAUUAUGAACAAAACAAAUGUUUUAUUCAUUUUGAAUUUUCAAAACAGCAGAUAUCUGCAUCAGUAUUUUCUAAAAGAAGGCUCAUGUUACUUGAACAUUAUCAUUUUUCAAAGCAUAAUAUAUUUACCGUGGUACAAGAAUCGGUUGAUUGGUAAGGAAAAAUAGAUGAGAGAACGUUGAGACUGUGUGAUAAUGCCAUAACAAACAAGUGUAACAUAUUUUAUAUCUGUCAUGUAUUAUUGUUAAGAAUGACAGUCCAUGCAUAAUUCUAUGUAAUAUAUACAACAUAUAUAUUGAAAGCAUUAUAUAUUCAGAAAGUUUUAAACUGUGAUGUAUGUAAAAUCAUGUGUCAUGUUUGUGAUAUUUUCGAUAUGAUUGCUGUGCAUUUUGCUGUUUCCAGUAUGCUGUCCAACAGUGUGGUGUGUGUGUAGUCUUGUCACGCUCAGUAAGGUUGUGUUACUGAUGUUAUUCGCUCACCUGACUGAAAGUCAACUGAGCUUCAGUCAUGGCCGGUUCGUCUGGCAUCUAGUCAGUUUUCUGUUGAUUGUCAUAAAUGUCUUCCCCCCAAAGUGAGCAUCGGACUUGUGAAACCGAAACUUCACAAACUUGUUCAGGGAAAGAAACCUUUAAAAAUUUCCCACUAGAUCACAGGACCAGUGAGUGGACAAUAAUUAAUGAUCCUGUCUACUUCACUUGUCCAAAAUAACAUUUGAAGAUAUACUUAACUAUCAAUAAAUUCACUGGCCACCAGGACCAAUGCAAACUUAUCAU